GAACAUGCGACCUAUCGAAAGAGUUGAAUCAAGAGAGGCGUUUCGGCACCAUUCUCCGGGAGAGUAGACGUGACAUUUGCCGCAAGUAAUGUUAGAAAGGAGUGGAGUAAAUGAGAACGAAAACUCUUAUUUCGCGUGGAUUAUUUCUGGAAAAACAAAUCCCUACCAAAACUGAAACUAGUACAACAUACAAAUAUUGGAAUAAUACGGUCACUGUCUACAGGACCAAACCCAUGAUGUACCUCGCCUGCUCUGCAGCCCCACCAACAUCCAGUCUGUAGAGGAAGCGGCCGCACCAGCAUGUCCUCCCACCCCCAGUCUGUGCCUCAGGGCCGGAGGGCUGUGGACAUCCGCCACCUGCCAAACCCUGCCAGUCUACCGCUGCAGCUGGCACGGGCACACACGGAUGUGGGACUGGUGGACUACCACCCUCACUCUCGGGACUACAGCUCACACCUGGCUCAGCCCCACCGCCGCCGGCCCUCUCUGCUGUCUGAGUUCCAGCCAGGGAAUGAGAGAGGUCAGGAGCAACACAUCCGCUAUGAACACAUCUACUUACCUGAGCCCAACAACCAAUCAGAGGUGGACUAUGUUGAGAUAAAGCGUCCCCGCCUGGACCUUGGGGCGGAGUCUCUCAUGAGGCACUCAUCCCACCGCCCACAACUUCCUCUGGGAGGGGCUGAGGACAUGUCAAAGGACCGGGGCAGCUCCAUGGGGAAGCUGGAGCCCAUCUCCCCCGUCAGCCCGGCCCAGAUGGACCCAGAUCUGGACCUGGUGCCAGCCCGCUUCUCCAAGGAGGAGCUCAUCCAGAACAUGGACCGUGUUGACCGGGAGAUCACCAUGGUGGAGCAGCAGAUAUGCAAGCUACGCAAGAAACAGCAACAGCUGGAGGAGGAGGCAGCGAAGCCCCAGGAGCCGGAACGGUCUAUGAUCUCCCCCCCGCCCAGUGAGGCCAAGCACCGCAGCCUGGUGCAGAUCAUCUAUGACGAGAACAGGAAAAAGGCAGAGGAAGCGCACAGGAUUCUGGAAGGACUGGGACCCCGAGUAGAACUGCCUCUGUACAACCAGCCAUCUGACACCAAGCAGUACCAUGACAACAUAAAAAUAAACCAGGCGAUGAGGAAGAAACUCAUCCUUUACUUCAAGAGGAGGAACCAUGCUCGUAAGCAGUGGGAACAGAAGUUCUGCCAGCGCUAUGACCAUCUGAUGGAGGCCUGGGAGAAGAAGGUGGAGGGCAUUGAGAACAACCCCCGGCGCCGGGCUAAGGAGGGCAAGGUGCGAGAGUACUACGAGAAACAGUUCCCUGAGAUCCGCAAGCAGAGAGAGCUGCAGGAGCGCAUGCAGAGCCGGGCGGGACAGCGUGGAGGAGGACUGGCCUCAUCUGCAGCCCGCAGUGAACACGAGGUCUCUGAGAUCGUUGACGGCAUAUCAGAGCAAGAGAACACCGAGAAGCAUAGCCAGCUUGCGGUCAUCCCUCCCAUGUUGUUUGACGCUGAGCAGCAGCGCAUCAAGUUCAUCAACAUGAACGGCCUGAUGGACGACCCCAUGAAGGUGUACAAGGACCGGCAGGUCAUGAACAUGUGGAGCGAACAGGAGAAGGACACCUUCCGCGAGAAGUUCAUCCAGCACCCAAAAAACUUUGGCCUGAUUGCUUCUUUCCUGGAGAGAAAGACGGUGGCAGAAUGUGUCCUCUUCUACUACCUGACCAAAAAGAACGAGAACUACAAGAACAUUGUGCGCAGGAACUACCGGCGCCGUGGCAGGAGCCAGCAACAACAGCAACAACAACAACAAGUGAACCGCAGCAGCCAGGAGGACAAGGAGGAGAAGGAGAAAGAGAAGGAGGGAGAGAGGGAGGAGGAGAAGACUGAGGGGGAAGAAAAGGAGGAUGUAAUGAAGGACGAUACCUCUGGUGAGGACGGGGAAGACAAAGAGCCCACGGUGGCCUUAAAGGGUCGCCGCACGGCUAACAGCCAGGGCCGGCGCAAGGGCCGCAUCACCCGCUCCAUGACCAGCGAGGUGGAGGAGGCCGCCACGCCGCCGCUCAGCGGUGAACUCGCCAAUCUGGAAAUGAAUGAGAGCUCUCGCUGGACUGAGGAGGAGAUGGAAACCGCCAAAAAAGGUCUUCUCCAGUAUGGUAGGAAUUGGUCAGCCAUCGCCAAGAUGGUGGGCUCCAAAACUGUGUCCCAGUGCAAGAAUUUCUACUUCAACUAUAAGAAGAGGCAGAAACUCGACGAGAUUCUGCAGCAGCAUAAAAUGAAAUCGGAGAGAGAGCGUAAGGCGCGGCGUAAAGGCAAAGCACUACAAAGUGAAGAGGCCAGUGCCCCGUCUGCUGCCGAGGAGGAGGAGAUGGAGGGCUCCGGGGCCAGCGGCAACGAGGAGGAGGCCCCCGAGGAUGGAGAAGGUGGUGCUAACAACAGCUCUGACACAGAGAGCCUGCCCUCUCCGCGUUCCUCUGAGGACAGCAAGCCUAAAGAGGAGGGUAGUGGCGGGGCCAAAGCUGGCUCAAACUCUGGGGACAAGGAGGCCUCAGGUUCCCACAUGGGCCAGCGAGGAGAUGAGAAACCCCCAGGAGAAGUGGGGAAGGCCAUCAAGCAGGAGGUGAAGACAGAGGCAGAGGAGGGCAGCAAGGAGCAGCCAAGCGAAUCCACAGACCGAGACAUGAAGCCCCCCACUGCAGAUGCAGAGGAGAGCAAGAGCUCAUCCAAGAGCUCCAAGAAGGACCAUGGGCCCAAGACGGGCUCCCACGCAGACAGUGACUCUAGUGCCACCUGCAGCGCGGACGAGUUGGAGGAGUUGGAUAGUACAGAGAAGAACAGGAUGACGUCUCCCAGCCGUCCUAGCCUGCUGAACUAUGCUCAUGAUGGGGUUAUCUCCUCCCCCCUGCAAAAGCCCAUGGACCUGAAGCAGCUCAAACAGAGGGCUGCUGCCAUCCCCCCUAUUAUGCCGGAUGGUGGACCUCGGGGUGGGUGUAGUAAGGCUGAGCUGCCCCCCCAUGCCCUGGCUCUUUACCAGCAGCAGAUCACCAUGGCUCAUGGAGAGUCCUCCCAGGAGGCCAAGCAGCAUGCAGGUCAGCCCAGCAAACAGCACCCCUACCCAGCGCAGGGGGACCCCCAUAACAUCAGCAGCCCCCGCGUCCACCCACGCAGCCCCUCCGCCAGCGACAAGGACGAGCUGGAAGGCAACGAGAGGUGGCUGCAGACUCUACUUCACGGAUUACAUAAGUCCCGGGCCUUCUCUCCUCAUGGUGACCCUAAGAAGCAGCCGGUGGGGCCAGAGGACCUGAGGGCCACUACCCUGGGCCGGCCCAUCAUGUCCCCCUACCCAAUGUCCCAUCGAGACAUGGCCAAGCUCAGCCACGACCAGCACCUACUCCACUAUAACUCCUCUUUCCAGCAGGCUGGCCACUCUGGGCCCCCUGGUCUGCAGCAGGAUGGUGCCAGAAUGGCAGCGGUUCUCCCCCUCCAUAUGCCAGAGCCACCCCCUCUCAUCUCCUCCAACAAGCCAGGGGGGUCUAUCACACAGGGCACCCCAGUGCAGCUGCAUAGCCCGGCUCAUGGGAUGGACCAUGGGAAGAUGCCCCCUGUACAGAUGGGUUUGUCCUGGAUGGAUCAGAGGAAAGUGGGUCCCUACCCGGUGGUAAAGCAGGAGCAGCUGUCUCCGCGGUGCCCGUCAUCCCUGGCAGAGAACCUGUCCACGCAGGGGAUGCCCCAUGACGCCAAUGCUGGACGUGGGUCUUUGCCAGCAGUGCAGGGGGGUAGCAUCACAAAGGGCAUCCCAGGGACCAGAGUGCACCAGGACUCCCCCAUCUCCUACCGGGGAGGCUCCAUCACCCAGGGCACCCCGGCAGAUGUGCUGUACAAGGGGACCAUAACCCGUCUGAUCACAGAGGAUAGCCCCAGCAGAGCAGAGAGGGAGCGGGAUGAGCUCCUGUCCAAAGGACACGUGGUCUAUGAGGGCAUCAGUGGACACAUCCUCACUUAUGACCGCCCACCCUCUCAGAACUCUAAAGAUGACGGCCGGGGCCAGCCUGGGGAGAUCUUGGGGCUGAAGCGCCCCUAUGAUGUCAGGGGGUUGCCCAUGAGGGAGACACUGUCUGCAGCUAACUGUGAGGGUCUGAUAGGCAGAGCCAUAUCUCACGAGAGAGACAACCAACACCCAACCCACCACAUCCGUGGUUCCAUUUCACAGGGUAUCCCCCGUCACCUGGACAUCCAGGAUGGCUACAUGAGACGGGAGGCCAAGCAGAUGAAGAGAGAGGGCUCCCCAUCCCAAGGGACUGGCCAGAUGGCUGAACCCAUGAAGGGUCGAGAGGCCAUUGUGCCCACAGUGAAGGAGGGGGGCCGAUCCAUUCACCUCAUCCCCAGAGAGGAGCUCCGACUGAUGCCCGAAGGCAUGAUGAUGGCCAAGGCUGGCAAAGAGGGCAUCAUAGUACAGGGCACUCCUAUGAAGCAGGAGCAGGGUAGCUCAAGGAAGGGGCACGACGUUCGUUCCAUAAUCGCCAGCUCCCCACGCUCCCACUACGGCAUGCCCUCCCACCUGGAGAUGCGGGGAGCCGAGCAGCGGGGCCGCUACGAGGAGGGUCCUAAGGGCCGUCCCAGCGCUGUGGUCAACACGGCCAGCUCCAUGGCUCGAUCCUCGCCCCUGGCAAUGGGGGGUGAGCAGGGUGGCAAGGCUCACCACAGCCCUGUGGGCUACGAGGAACACAAGGGCGGCAUAAGGGCUCCCUACCCUGGACCUUCUCACCGAGGAUCUCCCCUGUUAGGCCAGCGGCAGCAUGAAGGCUCCAAUAAGAACCAGCCUCAGGAGCGCAAGGCCACACCCACCCCUCGGGAGAUGAGCUCCGGCAAGUCACCCCUGCCGGGCGUUGCCGAGCAGCAGGCCCAACAACAACAACAGGCGUCCCUGGUGUCGUACGAGCGUCUGCUGCAGGGUCUGGGGGCCGACGUAUACCGAGGACAGAUCCCCCUAGCCUUCGAUCCUGCCUCCCUGCGUCAGGGCAUCCCCAUCGACCCAGCCUACUACCUGCCUCGCCACCUGGCCCCUAAUCCUGGCUACCCUCACCCCUACCCCUACCUGAUCCGUGGCUUCCCCGACACGGCAGCCCUGGAGAACCGCCAGACGCUGCUCAACGACUACAUCACCUCCCAGCAGAUGCACCAGUGGCCUGCAGCCGCCGCUAUGGCUGCCCAGCGCUCAGACCUGCUGAGAGGGCUCUCGCCACGGGACCAGCCCCUCCAAAUGCCCUACUCUGCCGCCCCACGCGGGAUCAUCGAUCUGUCUCAGGUGCCACACCUACCUGUCCUAGUCCCUCCCUCUGCAGGGUCUUCCGGCUCCCCCAUGGACCGCAUCACUUACAUCCCCGGGGGCCAGGGAGGCUUCCCCACCCGGCCUUACAACACCUCCCCCAUCUCACCAGUUGGGCCCCAACACAUGAGCAAGCAGCACGGCACACCAUCUACUGACCGCGAACGAGAGAGGGACCGCGAGAGGGACCGUGAGAGAGAGAGGGACCGCGAAAGAGAGAGGGACCGCGAGAGAGACCGCGAGAGAGAGAGAGACCGCGAGAGAGACAGGGAGCAGGAGAGAGAGCGGGAUCGUGAGAGACAGCGAGACAGAGAGCGGGACCGGGACAGAGAGAAGGGGAUCUCUCAUGGCAACGUGGAACAUGCCCCCAUCUGGAGACCAGGCACAGAGCACAGCUCCGGUGGUAGCAGCAGUGUCAGGCCCUCCUCCCACUCCGGCUACAGCCACCAGCACUCCCCGGUGUCCCCUCGUACCCAGGACAGUGUCCAGCAGAGGCCCAGCGUCCUGCACAACACUGGGGGCAAGAGUCUGCCUGUCAGUGACCACAACAACCCUUCUGUGCUAAGGUCCAUGCCAGGCUCCAAUCGCUACCCAGGCUACAGCCACCUCCAGAGGACCGGGAUGCCUACUGAGGGCUACCCACCAAGCAUGGACCCCAAGGAAAUGGGCCGGGAUGGUGGAAAGAGCAGGGGAGGCCUUCCUAAACACACCCAAGACCAACAUGGGCCCUCUAUAUCCUCCAGCAAAUCUGACCCCAAGCUGGCCAACCCUAACCAAGGGGGUUACCCCGUGCCCUACCCCCAGGGCUCUGCAGCCUCUUACCACUCAGGCCGGCCCCCACCUCACCUGCUGCCCCCGCUGUCGGAUAGCCAUGUUGGCCGCGGAGAAAGUGGCACGCCUAGUAGGGAAAAGACUCAAAACAAACCGAUGUCCGUUCAGGAACAAGAGCUCCGAUCACUCGGUAAGACCACCAUGACUGCGGCCAACUUCAUAAACGCGAUUAUCAUGCGUCAAAUUUCUUGUGAAACGGGGAUGCCAGAGACGGGCUCGCUCGUGGCCAACAGCGCCAGUGAUGCUCAACAAAAGAUGAUGCCCAUGGAGCAGCACGGUCCGUACCGGCCUCCCUCCGAGGAGAGGUUGUCCCCGGGCCAGCAAUCCCCCCUGAUGAAAGGCAGCCAGAGGGUGGUCACCCUGGCGCAGCACAUCAGUGAGGUGAUCACCAAGGACUAUACCCGGCAGAGCCAACAGGCCCAGCAGCAGUCCUACCACAGCAACCCAGUCCUGGACCUAACCCGGCCCCUCAGCGCUCCCCAUUCCCUGCCUGCCUCCCAGGAGUCUAGUCAGGGACUUCGCUACACUCCAGAGAGGACAGGAGGGGAACGUACCCGAGAUGGGUCUCCUCAGCCCAAGGCAUCACCUGUCAGUAUGUCUGCAGACGGCAUUGAGCCAGUGUCUCCUGCAGGAGCUAUGUCUGAACCAGAUACACAAGGGGCCUCCUACCCCAACGAGCAGGGAGAGCAGGGCAUGGGCUCUCGCUCCCCUCCCAACACCCAGCCCCCAGCCUUCUUUAGCAAGCUCACUGAGAGCACCUCGGCCAUUGUCAAGUCCAAGAAACAGGAGAUGAUCAAGAAGAUGACUGUGGUCGGCAGUGAAACUGAUUUCAAUACUGGCCAGCCAGGAACAGAGAUUUUCAACAUGCCUGCCUCUACCACUGCAGGACCUGUAAGUAUCCGCAGCCACCCGGCUCCUGAGGCGUCCGGUAACACCAUAGGCCUGGAAGCCAUUAUCAGAAAGGCCCUGAUGGGCAAGUAUGAUGACCAGGCCGAGGAGCGCCCUCCUUCCUCCAAUGCUAUUAACUCCAUGGCUGCCAGUGUGCCUGCCGCUAAUCCUCUCGAUGACGGACGGACCGAGGACUCUUACUCACUACAAGGUGGGGGGAAGCCAAAGGGUAGCGGGCGCUCUAAUGGGCGGAAGGCCAAAUCCCCCGGGCCGGGCCUGUCAGGGGGUGAGAGACCCUCCUCUGUGUCCUCUGUCCACUCUGAGGGGGAUACCAACCGCCGCACGCCCCUCAUCAACCGUGUCUGGGAGGACCGGCCCUCCUCCACAGGCCCCACUCCCUUCCCAUGUAACCCCCUGACCAUGCGUUUCCCCGGUGGCAUGCCAGUGUCAGCGCUCUCCCCAUCCUCUGGCCAGCUAGGGGUCCAGGGUCUGGGGCAGGGGCGGGCCUGGGAGGAGGAACCUAAGCCCCUGUUGUGUUCUCAGUACGAGACCUUGUCUGACAGCGAGUGAGAGACCCCGCCAUGGAACAGAACAGCACCUACCAACUAUCAACCACCUCCACUGCUGCUGCAGACACACACACACACACCACUCUACACUCUCCUUCCCACUCUACACUCUCCACCCAGGAAAGGAGUGACCUCUUAGCCUCCCAUCUCACACUGCUGACUGAGCAUCUCAAGCGCUGAUGGUGGUGUGCUGAGACACUGCUGCUCAGUGAAUGUGUGUGUGUGUGUGUGUGUUGGUGUUUCUGUGUAUACAUUCACUCCAGGACUACUCUAAAGAGGACAAAUCACUUGUUUUUUUUACUUGCCUCCCCCACCCCCCACCCCUUGCUGGCCUUAUCAAUACGGACACAUCAAUUCACUCACUUUUUUUGUGUACGUUUCUAGUGUCUUCUACGGAUUGUGGAAGGGACUUGAUACGGCCACAGUCUGAUGUUCAUGUGUUUGAUGGAUUCACUGGCCCUGGACAAGGAUGGAUGUGUCCUCUGUUGUACAGGGAUCCUGCUCUACUCUGUCUGGGCUCUGUGAGCAGGGUUUCAACCUGGAGCUUCAACUUGGAGAAGCCUGCUGCCUCCACUGACCAUCUCGAUCUCUCAUUCUUUCUGCCAAUGACCCCAUGCACAUGGAGUUAACCACACAGAGCUCUGCAUGGAGAGGUCUGCUAGGGAAGUGGACUCCUUCACUGACCCAUGUCACUGUGCAGAGGGCAGUGGGACAGGCAGGUAGCCAGGCAAAUGGCAUCCAUAGUGCAGUAGAGUACAGUACAUUAGUGGACACUCGGCCGGUGCAUUUCUACCACUAUCAGAUGAUGGACAGGAGGGGAAAAAACACAUUGUUUUCCUGUGUUUGUUAUUUAGUUUUCUCCUUUUUAAAUCAAGUCAGUCCAGUCUUGUGUUUGAAAGUGAGCUGAGACCGCUAGUACUUUUUAUGGUGAAUUUUGAUGGUGUCAGUUAUUGUUUCUUAUUUGCAAUGAUUUAUCUUGGGGGGUACCUGGGAGGGCUAUAUCAUUGGUUAACAGGGUAUACAUGCUGUCCAUUGCUGAUGAUGUCAUCAUACAUUUGAAAUGUUAUAGGAGGACGGUGGCGGCGUAUGGUCUCCGGGCAUCCAAUAGAGAGAGUGGACUGUGGGUGUGAUGGAUGGCACUAAGAGACAAGUGACACUUUCUCACUCUUUGUAUAUGAAUCAUGUCUAUGUGUUUGUUGAGACUGUUUUUGGAUGUUAAGCACUUAGUUGUCAAUCUGUUCACAAUGGCAUUUUUAAGAAUGUGUGUUUCGGGCAGAUGAGAAUAGACUCGAGAAGAAGAAGAGUGUAGAAUCCUACUAAUAGAAGCGUCCUCCUUUAAUAUCUGUUUCAUUUGGUCUUGCCACAUACAUGAUUUAGUGUUCCUGCACUCAAGCAACAAUCACAGCUAGUGAAACAUUACCUAGUCCGCUUAGUGCGGGUAGAGACCAACCUUAAAGCUGCUUUAGGGCAAAUUACCCGGCAUUCGAGUUGGAAUGUGCUUGCAUUAAAGAGGUGACAAAUAAAAGCCAUCUAUGUUUCUAUGCCCCUUGGACCAUGGUGGUGCCGGCUGUGGCUGGAUGGAAUGCCUAUUGUCUCUAGGAGCCUGUUGUGACGGUCUGACCUCUGAACUUUUACUGUCUAGGGGAAGAGGAGCUCUGCCUCACCAGGCCAGACGCACAUUUUUAUCUAGACCCAAUUUUGUACAGUUCUAAGAUUCCUAGUGUUAAGUGCCAUUCAUUUUACAUAUACAGUAAUAGUUACCAAGUGGCGCACACGUUUUUUUAAAUGUUUUUUUUCUACAUGCCAGGGUUAUAAGUGUUUAUGCAGGGAAAUGUUGAAACCAAGAGCAGAUGAAAUGUCCUUCUUUUGAUGUCUUUUGUUUUGUCCAAAUCUGUCACAGCCUUAGCGCUUAACUGUCACUGUCACUUACACAUGAUUUACAAUGGGAGCUGCUAACUUACUGUUGUGAAUGUUAAGAAAUGAAAAGCAGUGUAUUCUGUUUGAGGAUUGUAGAACUUGCUGCUGUCACAUCAGGUUACCAUGACAAUGGGCAACGACAUGGUUGAAUGUCCUCUUGCUCUUUGCAGGCUAAGCAAUAGCUAUAUAAAAGGUGCAUGCCAAGAAGAAAGAUGUAAAAAGGGUGCUGUAUGAAAGGCGAUCAUACAAACAUUGCCCAAUUUGUUUUUACAGGCAACAUACCCUCAGUCCUUAGUGAAAGGUAUUAUAUUCUGGCAUGGUCCUGAUUCAAAGGAGGUUUAAACAGUCCAAAAGUUAGUGUUACAUUUGUGUGAUUAAGUUUUGUCCAUUACAAUGAUGGUGUCCAUGGCUUGUAUUGACUGUUGAAGCCAGAGAAGCACAGCUGUUCUCAGUGUGACCUGUUUAGAGGGACUGCACUGCAGUGUGUUAUCCUGUCCACUAGUUGAGAGGGAGUUGAGUUAGUCAUGAUGGAGACGUGUUCGUAAGGAACGUGGAACAGUUGGACAGCUUUCACUCCUUCCUCUUCACUGGAUUACAUAACGUUUCUACUCUGGCUACCUAUUAUACUGGUCAUGGUUGACAUCUAAUCAGUCAAGGUGCAGCUAAAUGAAAAGGUUGGAACUGGACCCAACCGACUACAAGGUAACCCCAGCUUUGUAUUAUAAGAUAGUUUGUGUCUUUACUUGUAUAUCAAUUGACUAUUCAUGAAGUCAUUGGGAGAGAGCAAAGUGACAGUAAAGUUUGACAUGACAAGAAGACGAAACCAUAUCCAGAUGUGUUUGCUAAAUAAAAAGCAGAGGAAAUGAGAAUAACCAGUUGUUUUAAAAUGUACUGAUGUGUAUUUGAAUGAUUUAUGCUUUUCACUCGUUUCUGUUUGUUCUUACACCGCUUGCUUUGAUUAUGGUCAUGACACUCUCCAUGCUAACAGUUAGCAUUUCAUUUGUAAUGAAAGGAAUGUUUCAAAAUGAACGAAAAACCAAUUAAUCGAAGGGCCGAUAGGAUCCCUGUAUUGGGGGGGGGGACAUUGACAUUGAUCAACCGUAUUGUGCGUAAUGAUUUGUUUUUUAAAAAUAAUUAUAACCCACUGUAUAAUAGCCAGGAUUGUAUAUAGAACUGAAGAGAUGUAAAUAUAUAUGUGGCUUGCUGCAAGGUUGGUAUUUACAGAAAAACUAUUCACACUGUUUAAUUCUACAUGCCCACCAGCAACCUUUGUGGAUAGCAGUGUAACAAAAACAAAAAAACACUGCCUUAAUGUUUAAAUAAAAAUCUUAUUGCCAUUGAAA